CUUUCCCACACAUGUAAACACAUUGUACUGGUUCCAGGUCGCUUCUUGCCGCAUAAAUGCCGAAACUUCACCGCGAAGCUCCGGGUUUCGUUGCCGUCCGCGUCUGCGUCCAUUGCUAGGCGAUGGACGGGCAGCAGACACAGGUGAGCGACGAAGAACCCAAAGUCCUGCGAGAAGACACCCGGAGGAGGAGGAGAAAGAAGGCCAUCUCGUCGUCCUCCGGCGCCUCCAUGGAUCAGAUCACUGUCGAGUUCGUCCUGCCCACGGCGGCGCGCGGCGGAAGCGGCCCCGACACUCUGCCGCUGGAGGUCGCUGGGAACUGGACGGUGGAGCAGGUGAAAGCUCAGGUGUGGCUGAAGGCGGUGACUUUAAACCUCUGCCCGGACUUCUACCAGCGGUUUUCCCCCGACCACUGCAUCCUGCUCUACCAGAAGAAAGGCAACGUGUGUGAGAUCUACGACAAGCACCAGGUGUUCCAGACGCUGGACUGCAUCCGUUACUGGAGAGCCCUGAAGAAGGACGUGGGGCGGAUCCAGCUGGUCCCCCGUCCGCAGCCCUCCGACGAGUCCCUGCAGUACCAGCGCUACCUGAACUACCUGAUCGGCUACGACGUGACCGACGUGAGCAACGUGCACGACGACGAGCUGGAGUUCACCCGCAGGAAGCUGCUGACGCCGCGCCGCAUCGAGCUGUCCGACCGCGACGCUAAACUCUACUCCAUGGACCCCUGGGUGACCCGCAAGCCGCUGCCUGAGCACCUGCUCACCAAGGUCAGCAACGCUCACGUCCUGAUGGUGAUCCACAUCCGCACGGCCAGCCAGACCAUCAAGGUCUCCAUCGACGACACGCCGGCGCAGGUGUUGGUGAGCUUUUUCGCCAAGACGGCGAACAAGAGAGUUUUGCUGGGCAUCCCCGACAGCAUGUGUGAGGCCGACUUUGUGCUCCGUGUGUGUGGAAGGGAGGAGUACCUGUACGGGGAUGAACCGCUUCAGGACUUCAACUGGAUCCGUCAGUGUCUGAAGAACGGGGACGAAAUCCACCUGGUUUUGGAGAUGCCCCCUGACACAGACCUGGAUCUGGUCCAGAAGGAGGACUGGGCACAAGUGGAUGACUGCACCGGAGUCGCAGGUACCCAUGAGCAGUUGACCAUCGACGAGAAGGACCAUGAGCGGGUGUUCACCAUCUCUAUGUGGGACUGUAACAGGAAGUUCAGAGUGAAGGUGCUGGGUAUCGACAUCCCAUCCCUUCCCAAAAUCCCAGAGUUCAUUGUCUUCAUAGAAGCGAGCAUCUUCCACGGCCAACAGCUUCUGGCCCAGGAGAGGACGUCCUCUAAAACAUUCAGCGAAGAAGUGCUGUGGAACUGCUGGUUGGAGUUUAACAUUAAGAUCAAGGACCUGCCGAAGGGAGCGCGACUCAACCUCCAGGUGGUUUGUGGGAAGCAGCCCCUGACGCCAAACUCCAAGGGAGCCUCCACCUACCAGGAUAAUACAGCCGGAACGGGCGGCCAUGACGGGAAGACCAAGAGCCGCCUCCUGUACUACGUCAACCUGCUGCUGAUCGACCACCGCUCCCUGCUGCGCCAGGGCGAGUUCAUCCUCCACAUGUGGAAGAUGCCGGAGAAAAGCGAGGAGAGCAGCAGCAGCAUCAACGCGGACAAGCUCACCUCCGCCACCAACCCGGACAAGGCCUCCGCCAUGGCCGUCGCCAUCCUGCUGGACAAGUACUGCUACCCGGUGGUGCUGCCCAAGAGCCGCAACGCCGGGAACCGCGACGACGGGGGCCGCGACGCCGGGGGCGAGGAGGCCGAGGGGGGCGAGCGCGGCCAGAGGGAGAUGCCCAACCACCUGAAGAAGCAGUUCGCGGCCAUCGUGGCCACCGACCCCCUGCACCCGCUCAGCCCCGAGGACAAAGAGCUGCUGUGGCACUUCAGGCACGAGUGUAUACGCGACCCCAGGGCCUACCCAAAGCUCCUGGGCUCAGUCAGGUGGGGAAGACAGGAAGACGUGUUGGCGACACACCGGCUGUUGGAGCGCAGCAGCGCGUGGGACAGCAGCGGCUUGGAUGUUGGUCUGGCCAUGCAGCUGCUGGACUGCCACUACUCGGACGCUCAGGUCCGCUCCAUGGCCGUCAGGAAGCUGGAGACUCUGGAGGACGACGACGUGCUCCGAUACCUCCUGCAGCUCGUACAGGCGGUCAAGUUUGAGCCGUACCACGACAGCGCCCUGGUCAGGUUCCUGCUGAAGAGAGCUCUGAGGAGUAAGCGCAUCGGUCAUUUUCUCUUCUGGUUCCUGCGCAGUGAGAUCGCCCAGUCCAUGCAUUACCAGCAGAGGUACGCCGUCCUGCUGGAGGCCUACCUCAGGGGCUGUGGUGAAGACAUGCUGCAGGACUUCAGGAAGCAGGUGGAGAUGACGGAGGCUCUGCAGAAAGUCACCCGUGAGAUGAAGGCCAUGUCCGCCGACAAGUGUGACAUCACUGCACAAGUGGUGUUCCAGUUGCGUCAGAAGCUGGAGACGCUGCAGUUGUCCGGUCUGCCGGAGAGUUUCAGAGUCCCUUACGAUCCUGGACUGAGAGCUGGAGCCUUGAUGAUCGAGCAGUGCAAAGUGAUGGCCUCCAAGAAGAAGCCGCUGUGGCUGCAGUUCAAAAGGGCCGACCCCACCACUCUGUCCAGAGACCCCAUCGGCAUCAUCUUCAAAGACGGCGACGACCUCAGACAGGACAUGCUCAUCCUGCAGAUCCUGCUCAUCAUGGAGUCCAUCUGGGAGACCGAAACACUGGAUCUGUGUCUGUUGCCGUACGGCUGCAUCUCCACCGGGAACAGAAUCGGUAUGAUUGAGAUCGUGAAGGACGCCACCACCAUCGCCAACAUCCAGCAGAGUGUCGUGGGAAGCACCGGGGCGUUUAAAGAUGAAAUCCUCUCCCAGUGGCUGCGGGACAAGUGUGUCAGCGAGGACAAGUUCCAGCAGGCGGUGGAGCGCUUCCUGUACUCCUGCGGUGGCUACUGCGUGGCUACCUACGUUCUGGGUAUUGGGGAUCGCCACAAUGACAACAUCAUGAUCACUGAAUCUGGGAAUCUCUUCCACAUCGACUUCGGUCACAUCCUGGGCAAUUACAAGAGCUUCAUGGGGAUCAGUAAGGAGUGGGUUCCCUUUGUGCUCACGCCAGACUUCCUGUACGUCAUGGGAACGUCAGGAAAGAAAAGUAGCCCCCACUUCCAGAAAUUCCAGGACGUGUGUGUGAAGGCUUACCUCGCCCUUCGGCACCACACCAACCUGCUCAUCAUCCUCUUCUCCAUGAUGCUGAUGACCGGCAUGCCCCAGCUGACCAGCAAGGAGGACAUCGAGUACAUCCGAGAGGCGCUGACUGUCGGCCGCAGCGAGGACGAGGCGGAGCGCCACCUACUGGACCAGAUAGAGAUCUGCAGGGAAAAGGGCUGGAUGGUGCAGAUCAACUGGUUUGUUCACCUGGUGCUGGGGAUCAAGCAGGGUGUGGAGAAAAGGUCCACUUAGGACUUUAGGCUUAUCGGCUUGUUUUUUUAGUAUUUGAAGUCGAACAGCAGAAGAAGGGACAAUCUGGAAAGCUUUAGAAUUUAGAAAAUAUAAAUAUGUUUUUAGGGAGAAUAACGAGAGCAGGUGAUUGGACAAUCAUUUCAACUCUGGAGAAAGGCUGGAACUUUUAAAAGCAAAGCCAUGCCCAUUUUAACCUGUGACGCGGCAUGUAUGCAGACAAGAUGCAUACAUGCUAAACUGAAUGUAGUUAUUAAUAAUUAUGCAAAAGUGGCUGUUUUCUUUGAACUGCCUCGACCAAGUCAAACAUUCACACCAAACCCAAUCACAUUUACAGAGAGGUUUUUUCUCUCUGUGAAUAAGAACACUAGAGAAUAAAAGCCAAACCAGAGGAAGGAAUCGGAUCUCGACGCGCGUCUAUUUUCAUCCUUUUACAAACUCAAACCACUUCCUGUUUCUAGUGUUCAUUUCCUGCUGAGGAAACACAUUUCUCUCACAUUUCCUUCUCAUUGUUUGUUGCAUUCUCUCUGAGGCGCUACACUGUGUGGUAGAUUGAGUAUUGAAGGAUCUGUUAGAAAAAAUGAUUUCAAAACAUGAAUUAUGUAUUAAAAGUCCAAUGUGACCGUGCUAAUUUAUAACUGCUGUAAAAGACCGUUGUUAAAGGUUCUACUUCCUGGUCUAUCGGCGACAUUUAGCACAUGCUGGUCAGUGCUGUAGUCACGUUUAAUAGGAUGGUGUAAUUCAUAUAUUUUGGGGGUUUGUCUACGACAAUGAUUUUUCAUAUUUUAAGAAGAAUAAGCAAAGUUAAAAUAAUUCUUUACAAGAUUACUGGAUCUCAGUAUUAUAACUGUUAUGUCAGAUAAUAUAUUUGCCAGUAAACAUGCCAACAUUAUAAUUAUGCCCGUAAGCAACAAGUCAACAAGUUCUCUCUCAAUCUUUUUGUCGAAAUGAGUCCUGAUUGAGGAGAGUUUAACAGACGAGGUAAAACCAAACCCACAAUGGAAUUAUGGGAUGUAGUAACCAUCUCAGAUUAUGGUUAUGUUAAAUAGGAGCAUAAACCAUUUCUCAGUCGGAGAUGAAAGCUGAUGAAAACAAGCAUCAGCAGUUUGAAAUAUGUUUAAAGCUUUCAUAAAAACGUGUAUGAAACCUUUUUCCUUUCCUUUUGUACCUUUUGUGAUUUUGAAAAUAAAAUGUAUUGACAUCAGACUAUUAAA